UUGACGAUUCGUGCUCUAAAGGCACAAGGGUGGCAACUUUAAUUCGUGACGAUGAUUUAAUCGAAAUGUCGCGAGGCGGGUAAUCGCUGUAGGUUCUUGCACGUUGCAGUUGGGACUUGGGAGUUCACGCGUGAAGGGGUUCAGGUGCAAGGGGGUUAAUUUGUGAGGUGUUCAUGUGUGAGGGGGUUGUGGUCUGAGGUAAAUCAGGUGUGGAUGAGUUCAAGUUCGUCGGAGUUCGGGUGGAUGAUCAUUGAGCGAGUUCAAGGUCACCGUUGACUCUGGGUGACCUUGGCAGUGUGCAGUGAGCCGGCCAUGUUCCCGGACCCCGGCUCCAAGCUGCUCCCAGCCGACGAGGAGCCGCGUGGUUCGGCCAAUGACCCCGACCUUGACCCCGACCGCCUCGGCCGGAGAUUCCUCAGCCGCUUUGCCAAGAUGACCGGGUCAAGAGGGCAGCGAUUGGCGGACGAGCUGGGAGACCUGGAGCUACUGCUGAGGAGGGGAGCUGACAUCAACUACAGCGACAGACACGGGCAGACCGCCCUGCACGAGGCCGCUGGGAUGUGCAGCGUGGACGUCGUGCAGUUCCUGGUGGAGCGGGGAGCCCACGUGAAUCGUGGUGACCACCACGGGUGCCGCCCACUGCACGUGGCUGCCGCCGAGGAUCAGGCGGACAUUGUCAACUUUCUCAUGGACGCGGCCGCGCUCGUAGAGGCGCAGAACAAGGGCGAGCUGCAGACAGCGGUGCACUACGCGGCUCGCCACGACGCGAUCUCUUCCUUGCGGAGUUUGGCCGACCGUGGUGCUGACGUGCAUGCGCGCGACUACCAGAACCGCACGCCGCUCCACGUGGCCAUCAGCCAUGGCAGCAAGCGAGCGGUGCAGCUACUGUUUGAACUGAAGGCAGACGUCAGCGCAGAAGACGACUCGAGGCAGAGCUGCCUCGUCCUGCUCAUCUGCAAGAUGCCCUCGCUGGCACUGCAGGCGCUGGACCAGCUCCAGGUGGACGACAGAGCAAACAGCAGCCAGCUCUUCUACCUGCAACGGCUAGAGCCCGGCCCGACGGCAGACAUCGAUGGUGGCUCAGUGCACAGCCCGCUGGAGUUGAUGGUGGUGUACCGCUUGCACGAGCACAUCUUACACCCUGUGGUGCGCCAGCUCAUAGACAUAAAGUGGAAAGCCUAUGGGCGGAGGAACUCUUGGCUUCUGCUUGGCAUGAACCUCUUUUUCAUUGUGUCCUGGGUCGCGCUGAUGGUGUCGGUGCCCUGGGAGGUGCGGCACAUUUACACAUUCCCAGGGGACACAUGGCGGGUGGUGCUGGCCAUCGUGUGCCUUGCCCAGCUCUUCUACUUCAUCGUGGAUGAGCUGCGCGAAAUCGCUCAGUCCAAGGCGGCGCUGAAGCGCUGGUGCACCCAGCAGCGCCAGCAGUUGGCGCGGGACUUUAUUUACUGCCACCCUCGCUGGCCUGAGGAAGCCUUGCACUUGCAGGCGGAGCUGGAGAAGGUCAAAAAGAUAAGGCACUUCUACUUGCUGGACUUGUGGAACAUCCUUGACUGGCUGACAUACGCUAUGCUGUUGGUCGUGUUCAUCACCCACCUGGCGGACGUGGUGAAGCACAGUGAAAAAGUGGCCUACGUGCACCUGCAGCUCGUGGCCAUCACCGUCGUUCCUCUCUGGCUGCGCAACAUGAAGCACCUUCGCACCUUCCGGGUGCUGGGCACAUUGAUUGUGAGCCUGGGAGAGAUGUCAGGCCAGGUGGUGCGGUUCGUCUUCCUCCUGGGAGAGUUCUACGUCUCCUUCUUCUUCUCCUUCUGGCUCGUGUUUGGUGGCUCUCAGGUGGACACGUUCAAGUCGGUGCACGAGGCGCUAUACACGCUGUUCCGCCUAAACGUAAUCGAUGAUGUGGAGUACACGGCCAUGCACGAGCACGACUCCGUGAUGACGUACCUGCUGGCGGGCACCUUCCUCAGCCUCACCGCCAUCCUCUCCAUCAACAUCUUCAUCGCCCUCAUGAGCGACAUCUUCACCAGGGUAGAAGACAGCCCAUCAGUGAACGUGUACGUGCAGCGUGCCAUUGUGCUGCUGCAAAUUGAGGGCAACCGCUACAUCCGGCGCCGGCGGGACGAAUUGCGCCGCCACGUGCAGCUGCACUGUGCGCCGCUGGCGGUGUAUGGUAUCAGCGGCGAUGGGGAGGCCGCAAGACAUUGGGUUGAGCCACCCGACACCACAGGCCACAUUGGCGAGCUGUUCGUAAGGGUGAUGGCGCUCUUGAGGACCGGCGGGCCAGGCAAGCGCAAGGAUGGCAAUGGCGUUAGCGAGGUGGACGAAGAAACCAGCGUGGCCGGGGAGGAGGUCCGCUCGAUGCAACAGAGCAUCCGGGCACUGAGGAGGGAGCUGCAGCAGGCGACGGAGGAACAGCAGAGCCUGCAGCAGGCCCUGCAGGAUGAGCUGGAAUUGAUAUACACCUGCCUUCAGCACCUGGGCAUCACUUUUACCAGUACUAAUGUUUUAACACCUGAAAAAUGUGAUAAUUACUCGCAAGCCUCAUAGAAAUAUGACCUACACCUACCGUGAAACUACUGCAGGCUAUAAUAUUUUGCAUAGUGGGUUUCGCCUUGUACGUAUGGUGGAGUUUCUCUAGGUACUUGGGUUCUUUCCCACAUAAAGGUGCUCCUUAAAAAUGGGCAAACAUCCCAAUGCGAGAUCUUCUUGAAAAAUUCUGAAGAUACGGUGUGCGGCUUUUGUGGCUAUUGUUGGAAUGUGCACGGUACUGAGUGGUGGUGGCUUGUGAUGUGUGAAUCGUACGGCAUCUGAGUUCUCUCCACUGUUAUUGCGGCCACAUCACACACCCAAGACGAUGCCCAAAUGUGCAGUACCCCUAACUGUAUGUAGAGAGUAAGGUAGUACCGCUCACUGUGCAAUUCACUGCGGCUCACAACACAGCUCACCACAGCUCACCACACAGCUCACCAAACACUUCAGCGAGCAGCUCAAUGGAUUGCUCACCACACAGAUAUAUGGGACCUGGGUCUGAGUCCUGCCCUCUUUGAUUUCUGUCCUCAUGUAGAAAAGCAACUUCACCUGUGGAUCAGUAAUGUAGCAUGAAUGGCACAGGCUCUGUUACAAAGAAUAAAACAUGGUCCUCAUUUAUGCAUCCUGGCUCCCCACCACUGCCCUUUAUAGCCUGACCCCUGAGCUCCUCCAGCCUGUGGGCCCUGUUGCAGUUGCAAUUUCUUCACAUUUAGUAGAUACACAUGUGGGCUGGGUCGUUUUGCCUGACCUAUCCAGGACCGUGUACCAUCUUUGUGCCUGGUGGAUGUGCCAUACUUCGUUUGUCAGUGUGUUUUGUGGAAGGGGCGGCUGACUGAUUUCUUUUUCAAUUGCAUAUAAAAAAUAAUAUUGAUCUGUUUAUUGGAUGGGUGACCACCAUGCAUAAGAGCUGUUAUAGGCUGCUGUGGGGCUACAUGCUAAGCAGCAGAGGCGAAUGCAGCAAAAUACUUAUUCCAUAAAAUCUUGUUUUGUAAACAUAAUUACCUUAAAAACGACAUCGCACAUGUACUGUGACUAAUCUAUGACCAAAUCACCUGGAAUGUGCCUGAUUGUCUGGUUUGCGAAUUAGCCCGAGCUUGUGAGAAAAUGUAAAUAAAAGAAAGUGUUGUUUGCA